AUGCCACCCAAAUCCGCUAGUAGAAAACACUCCAUUAAUAAAAGUUCUAGGUCCAAGUCUACGGUUAACCGUGAUUAUUAUGAAAAAAAUAAAGAUAGACUUAAAGAAAAAAGAGAAAAAAAAGCUUCCGUUAAUCAAAAAUUGCUAAACCGUGUCAGGCAACUUGAAGAAUUUUGUAAGGACAAUGGGUUAGAUCCCCCCGCUUGUGAUUCGGAUUCCGAUUAUACUCCUGCCGACCCCUUCGUUUUUCACUACCAGACUUUCCAAAUAGACGAGGAAAAGCAGAUCGACGAAACAUUACACGAAACCAUUGAUCUUAAUUCCGAAUAUUAUACACUUCUCCCUACACCUAUUUUAGACUCUAAUAUUCACGUCCCUCCUGUUCCUCUAUUUUCCGAAUUGCCACCCACCAAUUUGCCCAAUGAAUGGAUUCCUUCUCCUAACGUCUCGGAGUCUACCUUCGACGUUUUGUUCGGCUAUUUCAAUAUCAACAUCCGUGAAUAUGAUUUUAUUUAUCAGCCCAUCACCUCCUCAUUUUCUCAGAUGCCAACACGCCUGGCGUAA